AUGUUAAAGUUAAUAAUCACUGCUUUGUUUCUUGUCAGUGGAGCGCACUUCGAAUUAAUUCGAGUGCCCCUGUACAAAUUUCAAAGUGCUAGACGUACUUUAAGAGGAGUAGGAACUGAUGUCGAACAUUUAAGGAUGCGUUAUGGUGGCCCCACUCCAGAACCACUAUCAAAUUAUUUGGAUGCUCAAUACUACGGUCCGAUCAGCAUAGGAACACCACCACAACAAUUUAAAGUUAUUUUUGAUACAGGUUCAUCAAAUCUUUGGAUUCCAUCGAAGAAAUGCCUUUUUUCCAACAUAGCUUGCUUAUUACACAACAAAUAUGAUUCUUCUCGUUCUUCAACUUAUAUUCGAAAUGGAACAGAAUUUUCUAUUCAAUAUGGUUCAGGAAGUUUGAGUGGAUAUCUUUCUACUGAUGAUGUCACUCUUGGAGGAUUGACAAUAAAAAGACAAACAUUUGCUGAAGCCAUAAGUGAACCAGGAUUAGCUUUUGUAGCUGCUAAAUUUGAUGGAAUUUUAGGAAUGGGUUACAUGUCGAUUGCUGUCGAUGGUGUUGUACCACCAUUUUACAAUAUGUACGAACAAAGACUCGUGGAUUCACCAAUAUUUUCAUUUUAUUUGAAUAGGAAUCCAAAUGAAAAAGUCGGUGGAGAAUUGCUGUUGGGAGGAUCGGAUCCAAAUUAUUACAAAGGAAAUUUUACUUACCUCCCCGUGAAUCGUAAAGCUUAUUGGCAAUUUCAAAUGGAUAAGGUCAUGAUGGAAGACAUAACUGUUUGUCGAGGUGGUUGUCAAGCAAUUGCAGAUACUGGUACUUCAUUGAUUGCCGGACCUGUGGAAGAUGUAAAUAAAAUAAAUAAAAAACUCAAUGGCGUUCCAGUGAGCGGUGGAGAAUACAUGAUCGAAUGUCGAAACAUACCAAAUCUUCCAAAAAUUAAUUUUGUUUUAAAAGGACGGUCCUUCGUACUCGAAGCCAAAGAUUACAUAUUGAGAGUUUCACAAUUUGGUAAAACCGUUUGCUUAUCUGGAUUCAUGGGAAUUGACAUACCUAAACCAAACGGACCCCUUUGGAUAUUGGGUGAUGUUUUCAUUGGAAAAUUUUACACGGAAUUCGAUAUGAAAAACAAUCGAGUCGGAUUUGCCGAAUCUGCUUAA